CUUAGAUAAUAUAAAUAAACGAGUCCAUCAAUAACCAGUGUUAAGAGUAGUUAAAGUUAAAUUAAAAUUGUUUUUUAUUCGAUUCGGUCGAUGCAGAGUAAAAUUAUCGUAAUCUUGUUUUGGCUCGAUGGACUUGUUACGUUUAGAUUCAGACAUGCUGAGCCGGACGUUUAGCAUGAUAGAUAUAAUCUUAAAUAUUUUCAGUCAUUUCCACUUCAAGUGGGACAGUGAUAACAGCUCUAGAACAAUUAGAUUACUUUUUUCAUUAUUCCCCUCUCUUAUCUACCUCACGCCUGGAGGGAGGAGGUUACACCUGAAGUAUCGAAAGUAGUGAUCUAGUCAACGCCCGUCUGUUGGGGUUUCCAAUUGUCCAUUCGUACCUGAGGGAUUGUCAUUCUUGGUGUCAUAGUUCUGGACCGAAGAAGAGUUAGAACAUGGAAUCAAAUAAGAACGAUAAGUCUAGUCACAGCGAGGACGAAGGAGAACUCGCCGAUGAGAGUCAAAAAUUGAUGCCCAAUUCUAAUAACGAACCUAUUGUGAUUAAUGGUAAUACGAAUGCAAUCAAUUAUAAAAAAACACCCAACGAUAGUGCUAACCUUGCUAGUUCUUUGUCUGCUGCUCCCCAUGGAUUGCUUGAGGAAAGCCUGUCUGGUUCAGGGCAGCGAUAUGGUUCGGUGCCGGACCAGAAGAACACUGAUGAUGGCACUGGAAAGAGGGUGAUUUAUUGUGUACACGGGAAGCCUAGUGGUUGCUGUGCAACACUCAUCAACGGUUCCGGCAGCUCUUUCUCCAUCGAAGUAAAACCACGACAGUCAGAUCCACACUGUCACAGGGAAAGGGACUUCAGUGACAUGGACAAAAAGGCCAGAAGGAAGCUUAUUCUAGCUUCUAUUCUAUGUUUAAUUUUCAUGAUAGCAGAAAUUGCUGGUGGUCUUCUAUCAGGUAGUUUGGCUAUAGCAACAGAUGCUGCUCACCUGUUAACUGAUUUUGCUGCUUUUAUGAUCUCCUUGUUCGCAAUAUGGGUAGGCCAAAGGAAACCCACACGAACCAUGCCAUUUGGCUGGCAUCGUGCCGAAGUUAUAGGUGCUUUGACGUCUGUGUUAACAAUCUGGCUUGUGACUGGUAUUUUGGUUUACAUGGCUGCCAUGAGGAUAGCUAACAAUGACUUCGAGAUUGAACCUACCGUGAUGUUAAUAUCGUCUGGUGUUGGAGUCAUUGUUAAUAUAAUUAUGGGGAUGACACUCCAUCAGCAUUCACAUUCUCACUCUCACGAUCAAUCGACAACCGAUACUGAGAGAGUGGUGGCUCCUAAUGCUGCAUCGAAAAACAUCAAUGUCAGUGCUGCAUUCAUCCAUGUCUUGGGCGACUUCAUUCAGAGUAUAGGGGUGUUCAUCGCUGCGUUAAUCAUAUAUUUCAGGGAGGAUUGGAAACUUGUCGAUCCUAUUUGCACAUUUCUCUUCUCCGUCCUUGUUUUAUUCACUACAUAUUCCAUACUAAAGGAUACUCUCCUGGUAUUAAUGGAAGGAAUGCCAAGAGAUGUUGAUUUCAAUGAUGUUUUGGAAACUUUCCUUUCAAUCGAUGGAGUAGUGGCUGUUCACAACCUCAGGAUCUGGGCUCUCAGUCUUGGAAAGACUGCUCUCGCAGCCCACGUUGCUAUUGAGGAAAAAGGAAACCCGAGUGAAAUAUUAACAACAGCAACACGUAAGAUCCAUGAAAAGUACAAUUUCUUCGAGAUGACCCUCCAAAUUGAGUAUUACCAGCCCAAGAUGCAGAACUGCACACAGUGUCAGGUGCCAAAAUAGCCUCAGUCUCGUCUCUUAGAUAUUCUUAAUAAAAUCGUUUCUUUUAAUAUCCUCUUAAAGAGGAUAAUUAAAUCACUAUUGUGUAUAUUACUGUUGUAAAUAUGUUCUUGUUUUGUUUUUUCUGCUGUGGCCUAUGCUCGUAUUGAUAAAUUUUGUUUAAGAAAAAAUAUGAAGUUGUAUUUUAUAUCAAAACUCGUUGUUUGAAAGAGCAGCCCAGCUGGCACAAAUUAUUUGUGAAUAGACUAUUAGUUACCUUUGAUACCUGAUGUUGAAGAAAGCUCAGAAAUGAAAUGUAUAUUUUUGUAAAUGGUAUUUAUCAAGGUAAUUUCAUGUGUGCAAUACCUUUUGUAUAUUUUUGAAUUUUAAACUCAAAUCAUCUGAGACUGAAAGGUUUAUUUGUUAUUUAAAUGUAAUAAUGCUAUGAUUUUUGUGUAAAACAUUUUUUUUUUUUUUAUCACCAAAGCAGCCCAUCUAUAAUUUUUAAAAACAAAACAGUAUUUACAUAAAAAAAAGAAAUAAUCUAUCUGUUCUGUAAAGAUAUCAGAAUAGUUUAGGUGAUAACAUUAUUAUUAUUAUAUUUUUAAAUAUUACUUCCAUUGUUAAUAUUUGAUUUAUUGUAAUUUCCAGGAAAUAUAAAACCAAAGAAAAUAAAAAUUAUUGAAAAAUUUACUAUCGAACCAUUGAAAGAACCGUUGAUACUUUUUUUUUUAUCUUAUUUUUAAUUCAUAUAACUAAAAAUUCUUUGAUUUUCUUUUUUUUUUUUUAAUCAUGUUUCAUUGGUAAUUACAUUUUAUUUAUUUCAUGUGACUUAUCUUUGAAAAAAAAUAAUUAAAAGCCUUGCUGAUCAAAUAAAAUAUAUAAGUGGUGUUUCAACAAGAUUUUUCACUAUUAGUAGAUUAUCAGGCGCAUGAAUGUACAUAUUUUAGAAUAAGAAAAUUGUAUUGCGUGUGCUUCUGAUAAUUUGCUGGUUGGUACUAAAAUCUCAAGUAGGAACAAAUGUAUUAUAUACUGAAGAGAAAAAAACAAUGUAGUCAUCCUUUAUUAAUUAUUUUUUUCAAUCUGCCUAAUUAAUAUUGUUUGGUUAGAUAAGUUUCUUUGAAUAACUAUAUUAAUCCAAUCAGGGCUUAAUUUCUCCCCUUGUAUUAAUUAAGGCUUAAAUUUGAUGUGGUAUUUAGCGAACAAUAUGGUUUUUUUGUCUUGAAAACCAUCUGAUAUAUGUUCAAUAGGGUUUAGUUAUAUCAAGACUUAUGUGACAGGUCUAAACAUACCACUUAGUGACAGCGGAAGCCACUAUAUUUACCUCUUGGUUUAUGAUAUCAAUCAAUAUGAUCAUUCAGAUCAUUGGAAAGUUAAAAUGAGUAGGUCUGCACGUUUGAUAUUAGCCAAUGAAAUAAAAAUUUUAUGGUAUUAUUCGUGUUUAUGAAUAAUUAAUCUUUAGUUUUUGGGCUCCAUAGCUCCACUUAAGUUUUGGGGGAAAUAAUGAAAACGACCUAAUAUCGUAACUAUUAAAAAUGAAAUUUCAUUAUUUUAUUCUAUCUUCAAUACAUUUUUUACUCUCAUCAUAGAAAGGAUCAUUAAGGUUCUCCAUUGGAAUUGUAAAUAUGUUUGAAAAAUGAUUUCUUUUAACACUUUUGUUAGUCCAUUUUAUAAAUGUUUAAAUAUCUGUUUUUUAUGUUUUAUUACUAUGCUUAAUAAAGUGGUUUUUUUUUAGAUAGUAUAAAACUCUUAGAAGAAAAACAUAUAACAAUAUUGAUUCAUUUGAGUGUAUUUUUUUUAUUAUUAUUAUUUGUAUAUAUUUUUUUAGAUGUAUUUAAUUGUACUUAGCAUGUCUUGUAAUCGAGAUAUUUCUAAAAUUUAUAUAUACACCUCUUUCUUUUAAUUUACAGGGUGAUCAUAACCAAUUGUGAUGUUUUAUUUGUAUUUUCUCUCAAAUAUUAUUUUUGAGUCAUUUACGAACUUUUAUAUACUCAUGCCUAAGACUGUAAAGAUAACAUCAAAGUUGUAUAAUCUCUCAGUUCAUUUAACCACAUAAUUUUAUAUCCAUCAAAUUUAUAUUAAUUUUUCCAUAACCUCUAUGUUUGACAUAAACAAAUUUCUGUCAGCUUAUGUUAACAUUGAGAUCUUAAAAUUUAUGUUUCUACUCAGUUUAAAAUUUUUAACUUGUAUAAAAAUUAAAAACAAAUAAAAUCAUGAUAAUUUUAACAUAACUAUUUUUUUAAAAAAGUAGUAAUAUUUGUGAUCCUCAUGAAAUAAUAAUUUAGUACUGAAUAUUAUUAACAGAAUAUUCUUUUUUACAUUAAACUUUGUGGCUAUGCACCAACUUUUUAACCAAAACAUGUUUGUAUUUAUUCAUUUAAAAAUUGUUUUAAGAUCUCAAUGUUUUUAUGUUUUACUGCAACGUUACUGGAGUUUCGGCUUGACUUUAAUUAUGAAUUUAAGUAUAUGGCAGAAAAAAGCUACUAACAUAUAAUAGCUUUAUAAAAUAUAUAUAUACACCAGGAUUAAUCUAGUCAUAUAACCUGUUAAGCUGAAGCCCGCCCGUUAGUUAGUUUCGCUAAAGAUGUUAGUUAUUUUAUCCUUAGUAUUCUGGUUAAUUACAGUUAUAUAUCAUACCAUUAGCAAUAUGAUUUAGUUUUUUUUUCACCUUCUGUUUUUGGUUUAAUAUUUUAAGCUGGUAUUCAGCUACAAAUACUUUGUUGAAGUUGAAACUAUAUUUAUAUAAACAAACUAUUUAAGUAAAUAAAUUUUGUAAAUU